ACGCAAUAUUACAUCUGUGAAAAUUGACCAAGUCCACCAAAUGGCACCUCCUCAUACAAUAAUUUUUCCUACUACAUAUGUAGCUUGAUGACACAAAUUCUGAACACCUGCUGCAUAUGUUACUCCAUUUCGAGUCAAAAAAAGUAGGAUGUAAUUAGUGUGAAGAUUGUCCAAAACUUUAACAAUCAGAGGUAACAAACCCAGAGAUUAGAUUCUCCACUGCUUUUCUUCUUCACAAUAUAUAUUCUUAUAUCUGUCAUUUUCCCCAAUCAAAGGUCAAACAUCAUCAUAUACCUCAAAAUUUCUUCAAAUUGAACCACAUCAGACACAGAGAGAGAGAGAGAGAUGACUGAGUUUCAGAGGUCAGUAACAUCAUUUAGAAGACAAGGAUCUUCAGGGUUGGUGUGGGAUGACAAGUUCAUCGCAGGCCUUGAGAACCAGAAUCCGAACCAGGAAGCUAAGGCUAGUAAUAAUCAGAACCAACAAGGUCAAAGGGAGGUUCAGGGUGUUGAAUCUAGUGUCAGGUUGGAGCGGAGCAGAUCAGACGGAGCACGCCCUUAUCGGACGGUCAACGUUGCACCGGCAUCCAUGGACCCACCUUCUCCCAAGGUAGCAACCUGUGGCUUUUGUUCUGUGUUUCGGAAACCAGGUCCUGCAAAAUCCACUAAAGCUAAAAGACGUAGGUGAUGUAUCACUCAUCACCAUCAUCUUCCUUCUUUCUGAUUUUCUCCAACUUGUAAAUCAGUGCUUCUGCUUCAUCUUUUUUGUUCUCUGUUUCAAUUUCCUGGUUUGGAUUUGGGUUUGUUAGUUGUAAAUUCCUUUGACAUAUCGUAUGGAUGUGUAAUAAACUUAUUAUGCCAGUUACAUCUAUUCCUUUCAC